CAAUCCCGUUUUAGAGCGCAUGCGCCAGUUUGGAGGCGUAGCACUUCCGAACUCUGCUCAGCUAACCGGCGGCUCUUCAAGGAGGAGGAGUAAGACGAGUUCUGAUCGAAAGCUCGGUAAUUGGCUGCUCUUCCUGGGCAGCACAAGCCGGAAGGAAGUGUCCAAGCCAUACCUAUCGCUCACUGAGCUGUUCAUUCUUUCACCGCCUUCGGUGGUCCUUCGCGCACGCUGGUGUCCGAGAGCAGCUGCUAUGUUUCGUAAUCAGUAUGACAAUGAUGUCACUGUUUGGAGCCCCCAGGGCCGAAUUCACCAAAUAGAAUAUGCAAUGGAGGCUGUGAAACAAGGCUCUGCAACUGUCGGGCUGAAAUCUAAAGACCAUGCUGUUCUGGUUGCCUUAAAGAGGGCACAGUCUGAGCUGGCAGCACAUCAGAAAAAGAUCCUAUAUGUUGACAACCAUAUUGGGAUUUCAAUUGCUGGACUUACUGCUGAUGCAAGACUCCUGUGCAAUUUCAUGCGUCAGGAGUGUCUGGAUUCAAGAUUUGUAUUUGAUAGACCUCUUCCAGUGUCUCGGCUAGUAUCUCUGAUUGGAAGCAAAACACAGAUACCAACACAGCGCUACGGCAGAAGACCAUAUGGUGUGGGACUUCUCAUUGCAGGUUAUGAUGAUAUGGGUCCCCAUAUUUUCCAGACCUGCCCUUCUGCAAAUUACUUCGAUUGCAAAGCAAUGUCCAUUGGUGCAAGGUCCCAGUCAGCUCGAACUUACUUGGAGCGACACAUGACUGAGUUUGCAGACUGUAACCUGAACGAACUAGUUAAGCACGGACUGCGCGCUUUGAGAGAAACACUUCCUGCCGAGCAGGAUCUGACUACGAAGAACGCUUCUAUUGGGAUUGUUGGUAAAGAUAUGGAGUUCACUAUUUAUGAUGAUGAUGAUGUAGCACCAUUCCUUGAAGGACUGGAAGAGAGACCACAGAGAAAGCCUGCUCAACCUGCUGAAGAUACAUCAGAAAAAGCCGAGGAACCAAUGGAACACUAAUGCAAAUAAUACUGGAGCAUUUGUUUGUAUUCUGGUUACUUAAUUCUGAAAUGCAUAUUGUGGUGACACAUUUGAGUGAGUUGGGCUAUAAAGUGCACUGCCAAAAAUACUAUUUUGGCAGCAACAAAUUAACUGACCACUUAUCUUGAGAUGGAAAUAGCAUUUUCUAGAAAAUUAUAGAAUAUUGUUUUAUAUUAAAAAGCAUGUUGCUUUUAUGUCAAAGGUCUCUACGGAAUAAACUUCUUCCUUUCUUGAAA